AUGGCCCUACUUGAAGAAAUCGACGAAGCUGACAACACUGGACCAUGGUACUUCGAUAGUGGAUGCUCCAGACACAUGACAGGAGUCAAAGAAAAUCUUCAAGAAGUGAAGAAGCUGAAAGGAGGGAAGGUCACUUUUGGAUGUGGAACCAAAGGAAUGAUUCAAGGCAAGGGACGCACCUCUGAUGAGCAACCACAGCUUAUGAACGUCUAUCUCGUCAAGAUAGAGUGCAAAGCCAUUGACUCUGACGGAAAGACGUCUACGAGGAGUUCGUUCAGGCAACAACUGCUACAUGUGGGAUCAAUCUGCAAGUGCCUAAGUGUCCGAGAUGAUGUUGAACUAUGGCACAAACGAUUGGGUCACAUGAAUGUUCGACAUCUCACCGACUUGGUGAAUAAGGAGAUUGUUCGUGGUGUUCCGAACUGA